GGCUGCCGGGGGAGAAGGAGGGAGGGAGUGGGGAGCUUGCCUGCUUGCAGGGUGACGACCGCCGCCCAAGCCCGCUUCGACGGGGCCGCGCCCUUCCUCCUCAGCUGCCCAGCAAAGACCCGCUCAGCUCCAUAGAAAAUGUCAGAAAAUUCCAGUGACAGCGAUUCAUCUUGUGGCUGGACAGUCAUCAAUCAUGAGGGCUCUGAUAUCGAAGCGGUGGCAUCUGAACCUGAGGGCGCGAGUGGAUCUGUGGAGCUGGCCUCAGAAGAGUCUCCAUCUCUCCUACAAGAAGAUGAGCAGGAAGAGCAGCCGGCUGACUUGCAAGUUGAAUUUGGCCAAGGUGAUGUGUCAUCAGUAGUUGAUCAAAGCCACUCUAUCUCUGAGACCGUGAAGCCUGAGGACAAGAAAGAAAAAUUGCCAGAUGAAAGUUCCUGUGUGGAGGCAAUUAGUGAUGAUUCUGACAUUGUGACACUUGAGACCCCGAAGGUGGAAGAAAUUGGAAGCCAAGAAGAUGCUGUGCCUGUGGAGGACGACGUCCAUAUCUCUGAGGACUUUAACAUGGGCUCUUCCACCAGCAGCCAGUACACCUUUUGUCAGCCAGAAACAGCCAGUUGGUUGGAGGAGCUAUGGAAGAUCCCACAGUGUGUAAGUCGAUGGGUCUUUCCGCCUCCUCAGCCGAGCGGUGGAGAAUCCAGCAGCGAUGAAACCAGCCAUCACUCUAGUCCUGCCCUGCGGCGGCGUCGUGCGAAGAAGAGGCUCGUCUCGAGUUCCGAGUCGGAGGAUGUGCCGCCUCGUGAACAAGAAAUCGAGCAGGUCAGAGAUCAGUCGCACAAGCGCCAGCUCAGCGGCGGCCUAAAUCGAUGCGUUAUCCUGGCAUUGGUGAUCGCCAUCAGCAUGGGCUUUGGGCACUUUUAUGAUAAAAGAGAAAAUUUUCUGUUUCAAGGUACUGUUCAGAUCCAAAAACGGCAGCAACUUGUUGAGAAGACUCAUGAAGAUGAACUGAGUGAUAUGAAGGAUAAUCUUAUUCAGUGCCAACAAGAUCAAGGAAUGAAAGCACAAUGUAAGUCUCUAAAGGAAGGCCUGGCGACAUGCUUGCUUACAACGGAGAUGGAGAAGAAAUCCUUUGCAUCUCAGAAGCAUCACCUCGCUUCGGAAAACCAGCACUUGAGAGAAUCUUUAGAGAGGGAGGAGAAAGUGUUAGCGUUGUUGCAAGAAGAACUGAGGAAGCUGAGAGAACAAAUAAGACACCUGGAGAAUAAAGGACCUGGCCAAGAAUCACCCUCAGUGGUCGCUGAAAACCAAAAACUGAAAGCCCAUUUGGAAGAGGAAAAGCACAGGAUGCAGGAUUUUACGAAACAGAAGGAGACUUUGUUGGCAGAAGCACAGAUGCUGAGAAGGGAACUGGACAAGGAGCGGCAGCUGACGGCGGCUCUCAGGAAAGAACUGGAGAAGUUAAGUUCUCAGCAGGCGCCUGUGGAGGCAGGUGCCGGUGAUGGCUUGCAGGAGAACCAAGAAAUAGAAGCUUUGCGGGGAAGGCUGACAGAGCUGGAAAAGAAGCUCAGCUUUGAGCAGCAGCGCUCUGACUUAUGGGAGAAGCUGUACGUUGAAGUUAAGGACCAUGCUGAAAAGCAAGAGGAAAAAACACAGACGCCGACUGGGAAAGGGACAAGUAAAGCCAAAAAGAAGCAGAAAGCCACGUUUUUUGGCUCCGUUAAAGAAACGUUUGAUGCCAUGAAGAAUUCUACGAAGGAAUUCGUAAGACACCACAAGGAGAAGAUUAAGCAGGCCAAAGAAGCUGUGAAAGAGAACUUGAGGAAAUUCUCAGAUUCCGUGAAGUCCACCUUCAGAAACUUCAAGGACACAACCAAAAAUAUCUUUGAAAGAGAGAAGAAGAAGAAAUAUGGGGACAGAAGACAUGAGACGAACAGAAAAGGAAAAGUGGUUUAUCAGGCAGACAGUUCCCAUGAUGGUCCGCACAGCAAAGCCCCUGGCAGCCAGAGAGACUUCAGCGACAGACGACGGUCCAAAGAGCAUCCUGACCCUCUGCACUUUCCCAAGGAUCCCCCCUCACAGGCAUGCCCCAAGGGCCCCAUGGGUACCAGAAAACAUCACACUGUUCUCAAGGGUUGCUCGGGCAUUUUUGACUGUGCCCAUCAAGAGUUUGUGAGCCUCUUUGACAAAGUACUGGACCCUAUUCGGGCAGAUGAAUUCAAUCAGUUAAUGCACAAGUAUCUGCAGCAAGAAGUAGACAACUUCCAUCACUGGAGAGAAUUGAAGGUUUUCGUUGAUCAGUUUUUCCACAACGGGGUCUUCAUACAUGACCAAAUGCUGUUCACGGACUUUGUGAAUGACAUUAAAGAUUACCUUGAAGACAUGAAAGAGUACCAGCGGAACAGUGACGGAGCAUUUAAAGACUUGGAUAAAUACAUCUACAGAUACUACUUUCAUUAUGAUCCCUCACCUCAACAUGGACCCAGCCACCCUGCGAAGAGGGCUUCUUUCGCGCACACUCAGAGUCCUCCACAAGAAAGACAUGCUCCAAAGCACCAACAGCGCUACAAGCGAGAAGGCAGAUGGCACAAACAGGGGCGCACCAAUGGGAGGCACAUGGCCAAUCUGGAGAUAGAAGUGGGCCAGCUGCCCUUUGAUCCAAAGUACUGAAUGACUGUUGUCAUUGCCUGGAUCCCAGCAGAGGAUGCUUCAGAAGCGUGGAUGAUGAACUGGCUCAAGCUCUUCAAUCAAGUGCAUGUGUCCCCUUUUCCAACAACAUCCUCUCUCUCUCCCCCCGCCCCAAAAUUCCCACAAAGCAUCAGCUCAGCUUCUCCAUCUGCAGCCUUCUUGGGAAACAGUAAUUUGCGUGCAGGUCUACUAUUGCAAUAAAUAAGCAGGGUAAAUGGUAGCUUGUGUGUGUUUGUAAAAUAAGCUGCGUUGCACUUGUUUGGCAUUAGAAUACAGGCUUAACGGUCUUAUGAUGAUGUACUAAUUUCAUCUCAAGCGGUUUCAGAAGUGUGUCUGUUUCAUAACUUUACUUAAUUCUUGUGUCGGUGCUGGGUGGAACCCUGCUGGUGUGCGGUGUCCGCUGCUUUCUCAUCAGCUUGCUGGCUUGCAUUUUCUUGCACAUUGGGCAAAUUGUAAAAUAAAAUAAAAACCUGGUUGGAAAACAAA